AUGACUAUGAUGGAUCCCGGUCAGGCUGUCUAUCUCUCCUACCAGGUUCCUCCUGCCGGAAAUGCAGUAAUGCUUGCUGCCUUUGCUGCCUUGGUUCCGCUCAACAUCUUCACAGGAAUACGGUACAAGACACCAUUAUACACCUCUCUCCUCACAGCGGCCCUCAUCGUCGAAGUUGUCGCCCAUGUUGCAAGGAUAUUUCUCAGCACCGAGUCUGCAAGUCCAGCGUACUUUGCGGUGUAUAUGGUCGGAACGCACUGGGGAGCUACCUUUGUCGGAUCAGCCAUCUACCUUGUUCUGCCUCAUGUCACUGUGCUCUACGGUCAGGAAUUUCGGCUCGUGUCCAACGCCCUCUACAUCAACAUCUUCUUUACGAUCAUGGAUAUCUUUUCUUUGGUCUUCCAAUCCGUGGGCAUUAUUUAUGCUGCCAGCGCAACAUCAGCGUCACAGGUUGAUCAGGCCGUCAACAUUCUGCUGACAGGACUUGCCUUCCAAACUACGACUCUGGUCGCCUUCUUGGGUGGUUAUCGCUAUUUCUGGUACAAAAUCGACCAUCGACGCUACGUCUUGGACAAUACCUUCUCUGCAACAUACUCAUCUCGCCGAUUCAAACAAUUUAUGUUGGUUGUCCAAGCAGCUGGAUGUCUCCUUGUACUUCGAACCGCCUUGCGAAUCGCUGGGUCUUCCGGCGGUCUUGGCAGUUCGCUUGCCGUUUCCCAAGUCGUAUCUUUCCUCCUCGACGACACCCUCGUUCUUCUAGCGAUUCUUAUCCUCACACUUUGGCCAGUAGGGCGCGCCUUUGGACCCUCGUGGACCGAUACCUCCCCAUUGGCAUCCCCCGACGCCCUCAGUGACCUCCCUCUGCGACGGCACUUUCAUCGCCAUUCCCGAAGGCAGAUCCUCCACAAGCGCCAUUUAUUGCAGCCAUAUAACGCCUCCGAGGUACCAUCACCUUACACACCCAGCCAUGCCGGCUCGGGGCUUCCAUCGUCUGUUUGCCCGUUAAGACACCGCCCCUCACCGCUUGAGCCUUCUCUCGCUUCUCCGAGAAACAACCCCGUCUAUCAGCGCGCGCCCUACGAGCAAUCGCCGACAGGCACUGUGCCGUAUAUCUCUCCUGAGCAGAGCCCAAAGAUGUUCAUGACAGCGGCAUCACCUGGGCAGUAUCAGGACGGAAGUUGGAAGAAAGCCAAGAGCUCGCCACGUGGGCCGACAAGCCCGGAGCCAAUAUCCAAAAUGGUGAGAAGUAAUGAUCUGUGGAAUUAG